AAUUCUACUGAACCCGAUCCAUUUCCAGGUUAGAGGCUCAGAGCAAAGCCUAUGUGCACUGUACUAGUGUAGUGCCAAUCAGAGUACUAAAACAAUGUCACUGCUAUCUUUGACAUGCUCUCAGUCUAUCUAUUUCUCAACUUCACCACCUCAACAUCUUCCUACAAAGUUUAAGAAUUUUCCAUUCCCAAGUACUUCUUCAACUCGAGCUGCUACUUUGAAAUUCUCACCAUUUUCUCAAAGGUUGUUGAGAAAUGGGAACUGGGUUUCUCACAGAAACAGAUUUCAUGCAAAAUCUGCUGACUCAGAACCCAAUGCCAACCAGCCAUCCGCCCAAGUUUCCCAGGAAAAUGGUACAGUUUCCAAUAGUAGUGGCAACCCAUCAACCAGUUUUCUGUCCAUUCUUUGUCCUCUGCUCAAGCUCUUCUCUGGAGGAGAUCCUUCUCAAGAACGGAAUUAUAGUUUGGAGUUAGCAACAUCUUCACUGUCCACUCUGGCAAGACUUCCAUGGGGAUCAAAAGCACUAUCAGACAAUUUAUAUAGUGAAGAGAUCACCACUUUAGAUCCACCUAUGCGUUUGCAACUCUUUGAAUUUGAGGCAUGCCCCUUUUGCCGGAGGGUUCGAGAGGCCAUGACUGAGCUAGAUCUUUCUGUAGAGGUCUAUCCCUGUCCAAAAGGCUCUCUAAGACAUAGAGAAAUGGUUAGAAGAUCCGGUGGCAAAGAGCAGUUUCCUUUCCUCAUUGAUCCAAAUACUGGUAUUUCAUUGUAUGAAAGUGGUGAUAUUGUGAAUUACCUAUUUCAGCAAUAUGGUAAAGGGAGAAGCCCAUCAACAGGACUUUUGGAAAGCACACUGUUCACAGGAUGGAUGCCAACAAUUCUUCGGGCUGGAAGAGGAAUGACAUUGUGGGAAAAAGCCAGACAAGACCCACUACCAAAAAAGUUGGAACUUUUCUCUUAUGAAAAUAACGCGUAUGCAAGACUUGUGCGGGAGGCACUAUGUGAGUUGGAGCUUGCGUACGUCCUCCAUAAUGUGGGAGAAGGUUCCACGCGGACAAAUUUACUUCUUGAUGCAUCUCAAUCCAAAGAGGUACCUUACUUUAUUGAUCCCAAUACUGGUGCUCAAUUUGGUGACUACAAGAAGAUCUUGUCUUAUUUGUUCCAGACAUAUUCAGCAGCCACUGUAUAGUUUUAACCUCUGGUACUAAAUUCUGUGUAUAUAGUCUUCUUUGUUUGUCUAGGGUAUGCCCCCAUGCCUGUAUACUUUUUUUUUCACCCUGGGGUAAAUGUAUUGCUUACCAAAAAAGAAAAUGUCUCACUAGUUGUAGAUAUUUUUGUAGCUAAAUUCAAUUCUGAAUAUGCUGUAAAAGAAACUCUCCAAGCUGAUGGUGAUAAUAAAUAAUUGCUAGGCCAUGGUUGUAAAUGUCCA